AUGAGACUCUUGCAGGGAGGCCAGGAACGUGUUGAACACGUCCAUGACAGGACCAACAAGACCCAACCUUCACCUCACCAGACAUGCCACAAGCAGGCGCCUCGUCGGUACGCCGAACCGGUGACCAUCUUGUGCUUCUGCCAACACGAGGACCAGGCGGAGGACCAGGCGGAGGACCAGGCGGAGGAGGACCAGGCGGAGGUGGACCAUGCGGUGGACCAGGCGGAGGACCAGGCGGAGGACCAGGCGGUGGACCAGGCGGAGGAGGACCGGGUAGAGGACCAGGCGGAGGUGGACCAGGCGGUGGACCAGGCGGUGGACCAGGCGGAGGAGGACCGGGUAGAGGACCAGGCGGUGGAGGACCGGGUAGAGGACCAGGCGGAGGAGGACCGGGUACAGGACCAGGCGGAGGAGGACCGGGUAGAGGACCAGGCGGUGGAGGACCGGGGACAGGACUGCGCAAGGUAUGACGGCUCGGAUCAAAGAAUUGUUAAGAGGCUCAACUCUAUGAGUCAAAGUCAUCAAAACACGUCCGUUCAUGGUCUUAGACGGGACCUCGAGGCUCAAAGGCAAGCAGGAGACCAUCAACUGCAAAUACCAUAUGAGAGAGGAACCAUAACUCCUGCACAAGAACACAACUGUGUAUGUUCUUAUUCUGGAGUAACAAGUAUAUUGUCUUCUCUUAAUGAAGUUAACCUGACGGCGCGACUCGUCCAGGCAGCAGACCGCAAGACCUUCCAGCAGCAGCGGUACACAGCAGACCACAAGACCUUCCAGCAGCAGAGGUAUACAGCAGACCACAAGACCUUCCAGCAGCAGCGGUACACAGCAGACCACAAGACCUUCCAGCAGCAAGGGUACACAGCAGACCACAAGACCUUCCAGCAGCAAGGGUACACAGCAGACCACAAGACCUUCCAGCAGCAGGGGUAUACAGCAGACUGUAAGACCUUCCAGCAGCAGCGGUACACAGCAGACCACAAGACCUUCCAGCAGCAAGGGUACACAGCAUACCACAAGACCUUCCAGCAGCAGCGGUACACAGCAGCACAAGACCUUCCAGCAGCAGCGGUACACACCAGACCACAAGACCUUCCAGCAGCAAGGGGUACACAGCAGCACAAGACCUUCCAGCAACAGCGGUACACAGCAGACCACAAGACCUUCCAGCAGCAAGGGGUACACAGCAGCACAAGACCUUCCAGCAACAGCGGUACUCAGCAGCACAAGACCUUACAGCAACAGCGGUACACAGCAGCACAAGACCUUCCAGCAACAGCGGUACACAGCAGACCACAAGACCUUCCAGCAGUAAACAAGAACAAAGAUGCAACUCCUUUUCCGUUACCUGGGUGA